AUGGGGUCCCCAAUCUCACCGGUAGUAGCUGAUAUAGUUAUGGAGAAACUAGAAAAAGAUGCAAUUGAUAAACUAAACCAUGCCGGGGUUUCGAUAAAAGUGUAUCGGAGAUACGUAGACGACUGUUUUCUAGUGGGAAAAGAACAAGAAAUCGAAAUAGUACAGGAAACGUUUAAUAGCAUCUGUAACAGUUUACAAUUUACCGUGGAAAAAGAGGAAAAUGCUUCACUUCGUUUUUUGGACAUCGAAAUAAUGAGAGUGGAAAAACGGCUUCAGAAAAAGUGGCACCCAAAACAACAGAGCGGUCGCUACUUAGACUACACUUCGGAAAGCCCUCACAUGCACAAAACCAACACAGCAAUAGCACUUAUAGAUAGGGCGCUAAAACUAACAACCGUUGAGAAACGCGAAGAAAGCAUACAAUCAGCUGUUGCUACUUUACGCAAGAAUAAUUAUCCCGAACAAUUUGUACACAACAUACUCAAAAAAAGAGUGCAUCUCCUUUACAACACUCUACAAAACACAGAAAUUUCGAGAAACGAGUCCACUAUGUUUGUCUCCAUUCCUUACAUACCGGGUUUGAGCGAACGAAUCGGGAAAAGCUUACGGAAGCAUGAUAUUAUCGCAGCAUACAAACCGAACGAUAAAAUUAAAACCACUAUUUUUACAAAAUUGAAAGAUCAGAUACCGAUUAUGCAACAAACUAAUGUGGUGUACAGUAUUCCUUGUGGGGUAUGCAACGAUAAAGAAUACAUAGGACAAACAUCUCAAAUGCUAGAAAAACGCAUAAAACAGCAUAAAAACUCUAUUCGCACCAGCAGCUCUAUAACUGGUUUAACUCAACACACGAUAGAACUCGGGCAUGUGUUUGAUUUCUCAAACGUUCAUGUGUUAGAGAGAAUCAACAGCGAACCAACGAGACUGACGGCUGAAAUGCUCCACAUCAAAAUACGAGAGCAGAGAGCGGUAAACCUACAGCGUGAUGCGGCAAGCUUCUCCAAUGCGUACAAUGGACUGAUAAACCAGAUCAGAUCGCUACAUACAACCAAAGGCAGUGGAAGAACAGCGGUGAUAAAUAACGAAGAUUAA